AAGGUUGAAGCAUGCUGUCGUCAAAUUAUGACGUAUACUUGUACUGUUAUGUACAGUGAACUGUGUUUCUGGUAUCAGAAAAUCAAAACAGAUGCAUCUGGCUGAGAGCCAAUAAGUCAUUAAAGACACAAUGCCAUGGAUCUCAGUUAUUUCAACAGAGAUGCAAAUCCUAAAAUCGAGAAUGAACUUUCAAACAUCUCUAGCCCAGAGAUGUUUGAUAGCGACAAUGAAGAUGAUAAAAAGAAUAAUGAACCAUUAGUAAUUGAAAGAUCAAUAGUAGCUAGUCCUAAAAAACCUUCUCAGGCUGAUUUGAUUACAAACUCUGAUAAUAACUUAUUAGCCAAAAUUAACAAACUAUUAAGUGGGGUACCACCACCACCUAAGCUUACAAUUUGUAGGACAGAUUGUUCUGAAUUAUUAUCACGUAUUUAUGAGAAUCAAUCUUUAUUUUGGACACAGUGUGUGUUAUCAGAGAAAGACACAGAAGACAUAAAUGGGGAAUCCCCAGAACAACAGAAAGAAAAUAUUAGUACAAAUAAUUAUCAGCAUACCAAAAGUACUUCUAGAAAUUUAAGUACUGCUUUUGAUGCUUGUGAUUCAAUAAAUAAUAUUAUUAAUAAUGUAGAUACAAUAGACUUAAAGAACACUUGCAGUGAUAAUUUUAGACUAAAGAAAGUAGUUCCUAAUAAUGAAAAAGGCAUAAUCAAUGCUAGCGUAAGUGGAACAAAAUUUUUAAAUCUUAAAGAAGUACAAGAAAGUGCAACUGAGAAUAAAAUAAAACAACAAUCUGAAUCAAAACAAUCAUUACUUUAUUACACUAUUAAUGAGAAAGAAGCAAUUACUUUAACAUGGCCUGAGGCGUAUUAUCAUAAAUUUCAUGGAAUAUAUUAUAACAGAAAUAAAGCAGUUGAAGAUUUUGAAAGCCUUACGUCAAAAUUAUGUGAUAGAUAUAUAGGAGCUGAAACUCAAUCUACAUGUACUGUAUGGUUUUCUAAACCAGUACCAGGAAGUGCCAAAAAACGAAAUCAUUUAGCUAAACAUAAUAAUGGUCAAAGUCCAACAAAAAGAUUGAGUCAUUUGACGAGGAGACGAAAAGUAUUUUCUAGUGCGAACUUACAAGGACUAGCGCUCAACAACAAAAAAUUUGUAGUAUUAAAUAUCAAAAAACCCACAGUUAAAAAAGGCAAAAGUCCGCGGACUAAAAGUCCACGAGGCAAAAGUCCGAGAGGAACUCCUAGGAGUUCAACAAAGAAAAAAGUAGCUCGUCGGCUUAUUUUAGAUGGAACUAGUCCGUUAAAGUCUAAAAUCGAAACGUCUAAACGUGCGCUCUUUCAAAGCCCUCCUCCUGAUCGAGCUGGUCCAAGCAAAUUAUUUACAGAUAGGCCGAAUCCUCAAAGCAUUAAACGUGCCCUAUUUACACAAAAUACAAAGGAGAAUGAUUUUGAAAGAAGUCAGAAGGUAGCUAUCGAACCAGAAUCCAGAAAAAGAAAGAACGAAGAGGAAUUAGAAGGACCAAAAUGCAAAUGGAUAAAAAGUUUAUCUUUCGACUGUUCUCACGAGUUACGUAAUAAUACGAUGUCUUCCUGGGAGAGACAUUCAUCUAGUAAUAUAAUUGAAAAAAGCAAAGGAUCUAUAAAUGAAGGGAAAUGCGAGCUUAGUGAUACUCAUAGAAAGAAAUUAUUAUGGGCAGUAGCAGAGGCCUUACGAGAUAAAGGAAUAGGUAUGACUCAUCCACAAUUUAAGCAGUAUGCAACAAACUUAGCGCGAAUCAUUAAAAAAUUUAUGCCUGAUCUUGAGAAUAAGAAUAUUCCUCGCAAACCAGGGAGUACAAGUGAUCGUAUGUUAAAAUUAGCAAAAUAUCACGUUUUGUUUGUAAUUGAUGCGAGACCAACAGAUUGACAAUACUCAUUGAUAUAUAAAAAAAGAUUGACUUAACUUUGCAUAAAGUACAUUAUUUAUCAUAUAAAUAUCAAUAAUCAAAUAUUGAUAUUACUAUGUCGAGGUAGCAUAUGUAUGAACAGUAGAUUUUAUUUAUCUGAAUAUAGUGAGAUAUUGUAUGAAAAUGUAUUAUAACAAAUCGCAUAAAACAAUUAAUGCGUGAUGUGUAAAUGUUAGAACUAUGGUAUAUUAAUUAUUAAGAUAUUUGUUAUUGCAUAAAUAUAAACUAAGAGGUUGUUUUUAAUAUACCUAUUUUUUUAUUAGCGAUAAAAUAUUAUAUUAUAUAUAUAAUAUAUAUAUAUAUAUAUAUAUAUUUCACAACUUAUAAAUAAUUAAUAAAAGGUGCUUCUUUGAAAGAAAACAUAAUUUGUAAUUAAUAAUUUUAGAAACAACACAUAUACAUAUUGCAUACAGAGUGCUAUCGAAAGUUAUGUAUGAACUUGCAAGGCGAUUUCUUAUGAAAAAAUAAGGAAAAUAUAAGGAAUAUUAAAAUUGAAUAUUUAUUGAAUGUACUUAAAUUUAGCUAAUUUUAGAAUUGAAAUUCUAAAUUUUUCACAAGUUUUAUAUGUAAAAAUUAAUUGGAAAUAUAAAAUAUGAUUCUUGCUUACUAUUAUUUCAUACAUUUUAUUUGUCAAGAAAUUAAAUUUGAACAUCAAAUAUUCGCGCGUGGUAUGCAUAUGUCAAGUCAGUUCUCAACUAAAUAUAUUCAUAGUAUAACAAAGUCAACUAAAUAAUAUUCAUUUUCUUAAACGAGAAAAAUGUAUUCUACAUUUUUCCAUUUAGAAUAAUAAAAUCGUAUUCAGUCAAUAAUUAACCAAUUCAUAUGUACUUAAGAAAUUUUCAAAUUUAAGUUUCUCGAAAACGAAACUUCAAAUAAAAAAAUUUUAUUGCACAUUUUUCUUUUUAUUUGUAAAGAAUCAUUUCUUGUCUGCUUAUAUAUAACUUUCGACCACACUCUGUCUAGCAAUCAUUAUUGCUAGCGCAUGGUUGUGUCUAAAACGUUAAGAGCCGAGUAAAAAAAUAAAGACUAAUCGCGUUGCAUCCGCGAUACUUGUGUA